UAUGGCUGGACCUCGCGGCCCCGCGGCCUUCCGGCAGCUGUGGCGCCGCAGACGCUCGGAGAAGUUCGUGAGUUUGUGUUUUGACGCGAACUUUCUGCGCUUCAGCUCCUCGGCUGCGUUUCCCCCGAACACACGCACCCGCAGCGGCUCCAGGUGCUACACCGACUCCGCCAGGACCCGACCGGUCCGGAUCGGCUGUGCCUCCGGGUUCUGGGGGGACACAGCGACCUCAGUGCCUCAGCUGAUCUACAGCGGGAAGCUGGACUUCCUGGUCUUUGACUACCUCAGCGAGAUCACCAUGUCUCUGCUCACCGCCGCCAAGGCCAAGAUGCCUAAUCUGGGCUACGCUCCGGAUUUCGUCCACAUCGCUCUGGCUCCGUUCAUUAACGACAUCCACAGGAAAGGUAUUCGUGUCGUCAGUAACGCAGGAGGCGUGAACCCUCUGGCCUGCGCCGAGGCCAUACAGGAGGUCAUCAAGAAGGCGGGCCUCGACCUUAAGGUCGCUGUGGUUACCGGCGAUGACCUCAUGCCCCAUAGAAGCAGCCUCGCUGAAGUAAAGAUGGCGGACGACGGCAGCAGACAGCGGUUACCGAAAACGCUCCACAGUAUGAACGCUUAUCUCGGAGCUGCUCCGAUCCAGCGAUGUCUCGAUCUUGGGGCCGACAUCGUGGUGACGGGACGCUGCGUGGACAGUGCGGUGGCCCUGGGGCCGCUCAUGCACAUGUUUGGAUGGCAGAGGGAUGAAUAUGACCUACUUGCUGCUGGGAGUCUUGCAGGUCACCUGAUCGAGUGUGGUGCUCAGAGUACAGGAGGGAUCUUCACUGACUGGCACAAAGUUCCUGACUGGGACAACAUGGGUUUCCCGGUCGUCGAGUGUUCCAGGGACGGUUCCUUCGUUCUCUCCAAACCGCCCAAAACCGGCGGCCUUGUCUCCUUCGGCACGGUGGCCGAGCAGCUGGUGUAUGAGAUCGGCGACCCGCGCCGUUACCUGCUGCCCGACGUCAUCUGUGACUUCAGCCAGGUGGUCAUCAAGGAAAUACCAGGUGUAGAGGGAGGGGCUGUCAAAGUGACCGGGGCUAAAGGCUUCACUCCGUCACAUGACUACAAGGUGUGUGCGACCUACAUGGACGGGUUCAGGGCGACGGCAGUGUGUCCCGUUGGAGGUCCGAGAGCCACAGAAAAGGCCAGGCGGACGGCGGACAGCAUCAUCAAACGGACGAAGCAAAUGUUCAAGCAGCUGGGACUGGAAGAUUUCAGCUCCGUCAACGUCCAGGUCCUCGGAGCUGAGGACACUUAUGGUCCCAAAGCUGACACCAAGGGCUCCAGAGAGGCAGUGAUUUGGAUGUCCGUCCACCACAAACAGAAGAAAGCUCUGGAACUUUUUUCCAGGGAAGUGGCUCCUGCAGGGACCGGCAUGGCUCCCGGACUCACCGGCAUCGUGGGCGGACGUCCCCGAGUGUCUCCCGUUCUCAAGCCGUUCUUCUUCCUACACCCAAAAUCUCAACUCAAGGCCGACAUUCACGUUGACGGACAGUUGGUGGAGUCGCUUUCAGAGUCGGGACUAGACAGGCCUGAGCUGGCCGCCCCUCCCACCACAGCAGACGACGCACCUGAUGCAGACCUGCCCAGUGGACGAUACAGCUACAGACUGGAGGAACUGGCCUUCACAAGGAGCGGUGACAAAGGAAACUCAGCCAACAUCGGCGUCGUCGCUCGUCAUCCUCUCUUCUUCCCGUACCUGAAGAAGCACCUGACGUCCUCAGUGGUGGAGGAAUAUUUCUCUCACCUCCUUCAGCCGGGAGUCGCCAACGCUGUCACACGUUGUGUGGACGUAGACAUGUG